UCGUUUUGCUGCGAUUCUGAGAUUCCAGGGCCUGUCAGGUUCGUUCCUUUUUUUCCUGGGGUGUCGCGACCUGGAGGAAAACCUCAAAUAAACAGAGUACCGAGUUCGCUUCCCAGCAGUCACCGAGGAGAGGAGAGGCGGUUGGCACUGCCCGGGGGCUUUCGCUCCGGAGCAGCGUGGCGGGGCCCGGCUCGGGCGGGUCUCGCAGCGGCCAUGGCGACCCGGCAGGCGCGCCGCAGCUGCUGGGAGGUGAGUCCCCGCGAGAAGAGGCGGCCCGCGGCCCCGGACCCGCCGGCGUCCCCACCGGUGCUGUCCCUCAGCCAUUUCUGCAGGCCGCCUUUCCUCUGCUUCGGGGACGUGCGCCUUGGGACCUCGCGGACGCUGCCUCUGGCGCUGGACAACCCGAACGAGGAGGUGGCCCAGGUGGAGAUGGCGCCCUUCCCGGCGGCGGAGCGCGGCUUCAGCGUGUCUCCUCGCUCCUUCGUGUUGCAGCCUAAAGAAAAAAUUGUUAUUUCUGUUAACUGGACACCACUUGAAGAAGGUCGAGUAAGAGAAAUUGUGACAUUUAUUGUCAAUAAUGUUUUGAAACAUCAAGCUGUGUUGCUAGGAAAUGCAGAAGAGAAGAAAAAGAAAAAGAGGAGUAUUUGGGAUACCAUUAGUAAGAAGAAGGUUUUAACCUCUUCAAGUCAUAACAAGAAAGUUGCAGCCUCUUCAGAUCAUAACAAGAGGAAUUCAAGUAUUCAAAAUGUUAAUAAAACAUUCACUGUUUCCCAAAAAAUUGACAAAGUUAGGAGCCCACUGCAAGCCUGUGAAAAUCUGGCUCCGAAUGAAUGCUGUUCCCCAACAGAAAAGAAUUCUCUAGUCCUUGAAGACAAUGAAAUACCCAUCUCACCUAUUAGCCCUGCUUUCAAAGAAUGCCAUGAUGAGACUCGCUUACUGCUGUCUGUGCGUCGAUCUACUACCUAUACGUCUCUUCAUGCAUCAGAAAAUGAAGAACUAUUGAGAGUAGAAGGUGUCCACAUUUUGAAAGAUUUUAGUUUUGAUGAGAAAUUUCUAACUGAAACUUCCUUUAACACCGUAAAUAAUCUUAAAGACAAUAUGGGAAAGGAUGGUGCACUUGUCCCUACUCCAAACCGUUCUUCAACUCUGAACAUGGCACAAAGCCAAGGAUAUUUUCUAAGUCCAGAUUCCUUUGUAAAUAACAGCCACCCAGCUAAUAAUGAACCAGAAUUAGCAACAUGUCUUUCAUCAGAUACAUUUAUAAAAGAUUCAAAGCCUGUGGAUCUGGAAUCAAAAAGUCUGCAGAAAAUUUACCAGGCAAUUUUAAGUCCAGAUUCUUUCGUAAAAGGUAAUUAUGAACUGAAUCAGGAUCUAGAAUCAGAUUCGGUCCACUCCAUUCUAUCCCCAAGUCAAUUUUUAAAAGAUAACAUGGAAUAUUUAUGUACAUCUCAGCAAGCAUCUAAGUUAUCUCCAUUAUCAAAUGAAAAUUCCCAUGUCUCACAGUCUCAAGAUCAGAGAAAAAAUGAAGUUGUACCUUAUAUCCCUGAAUGUCAGGACUCAAAACUUACCUAUUCUGUUUCUGAAGAAUCUAAAGCUGUAGGAAAAAAGUCAAGCCACUGCAGUUUUACACAACAAAAUCAACCCAAAUCUGUAGCAGUUGAAGACUGCUUCAGUUAUAGUCAUGAAAAGCCAUUUAAGAGACAGCCAAUACUUUCUAGUACUGUUAUAAAAAAGAAGCCAAGUUCUACAGAAGAAAGCCAAACUGAGUCUAAUAAAAUUAAGGCCAAAAGAUGUCUUCAUGGGGCAGUAAGAGAAGUAGUAACAGGUCAACAAAAAGGAAAAGAUGCUUUACGUUCAAAUCUUCCAAUUAUAGACCCACCUUUAAAUAAAUCUAAGAGUCAUAAAAACGAACUACCUCCUUCCUUAGUCGCUCGUAAGAGAAAGAGUGAGGCAAACACAGACAAUAUAAAUAUGAGGGUUACAAUUACAGAACCAACAGUAGUACAAGAUGUCAAAAGAAUCCAUUUUUCUCCUGUGGAAUCUAAAACAUCAACUUUUAAAAAAACCAAAAAGGUGCUAACACCCGUCUCAAAACGAACUAGCAACAGAGAGAAAUUAAACCUGAAGAAGAAAUCUGAUUCAUUAGUAUACAGAACUCCUCAUUCUAAAGCAAGCAAGAUUAGACCCAUUGUUGGUGUUGCACAAUCCAGUUUGACUUUCAUAAGACCAUUAAAAACAGAUAUUCCUCGACACCCAAUGCCGUUUGCUGCCAAAAACAUGUUUUAUGAUGAACGUUGGAAGGAAAAGCAGGAACAAGGCUUUACUUGGUGGCUAAAUUUUAUAUUAACUCCUGAUGAUUUCACUGUGAAAACAAAUGUUUCUCAAGUAAAUGCUGCUACUAUCCUAUUGGGAGUGGAAAAUCAGCAUAAAUUAAGUGUCCCUAGAGCGCCUACAAAAGAUGAAAUGUCUCUCAGAGCUUAUACUGCUCGGUGCAGAUUGAAUAGAUUACGUCGUGCUGCGUGUUGCUUGUUUACUUCUGAAAAACUGUUUAAAGCUAUUAAAAAACUUGAAAUUGAGAUUGAAGCAAGGCGACUAAUUGUUCGAAAAGACAAACAUCUCUGGAAAGAUGUAGGAGAGCGGCAGAAAGUUCUGAACUGGCUACUUUCAUAUAAUCCUCUGUGGCUACGAAUCGGCCUAGAAACAGUUUAUGGAGAACUCAUAUCUUUGGAAGAUAACAGUGAUGUCACUGGGCUGGCUAUAUUUAUUCUGAAUCGCUUACUGUGGAAUCCUGACAUAGCAGCUGAGUACAGACAUCCCACUGUUCCACAUCUCUAUAGAGAUGGUCAUGAAGAAGCUUUGGCUAAGUUUACUUUGAAAAAGUUCUUGUUGUUAGUUUGUUUCCUUGAUUAUGCUAAAUUCUCCAGACUUAUUGAUCAUGAUCCUUGUCUCUUCUGUAAAGAUGCUGAAUUCAAGGCAAGUAAAGACAUUCUUCUGGCAUUCUCACGAGAUUUCCUGAGUGGUGAAGGUAACCUUUCCCGUCACCUUGCCUUACUGGGACUGCCUGUUAACCAUGUUCAGACACCACUUGAUGAAUUUGAUUUUGCUGUUACAAAUCUUGCUGUAGACUUGCAGUGUGGUGUGCGUCUUGUGCGAGCCAUGGAAAUUCUCACACAGAACUGGAAUCUCUCAAAGAAACUCAGAAUUCCAGCUAUAAGUCGUCUUCAAAAGAUGCAUAAUGUUGACAUUGUUCUUCAGAUUCUUCAGUCUAAAGGAAUUCAGUUAAAUGAUGAGCAUGGAAAUACAAUUCUGGCUAAGGAUAUUGUGGAUAGACACAGGGAAAAAACCCUUGCAUUGCUCUGGAAAAUAGCACUUGCCUUUCAGGUGGAUAUUUCCAUUAAUGUAGACCAGCUGAAGGAAGAAAUUAACUUUUUAAAAGAUAUACAAAGUACAAAGAAAGCAAUAUCUGCACUAUCUUGCCAUUCUGAUACCAUUAUUGAUAAGAAAAAAGAUAAAGGAAAGAGUGCUUCUUUUGAACAUCAUAGUGAAAGCAUAAAACUUUUAAUGGAUUGGGUAAAUGCUGUUUGUGCCUUCUAUAGUAAAAAGGUGGAGAAUUUUACAGUGUCUUUCUCUGAUGGCCGUGUGUUAUGUUACCUGAUUCACCACUAUCAUCCUUGUUAUGUGCCUUUUCACACUAUAUGUCAGCGUACAACUCAAACGGUGGAAUGCACACAAACUGGUUCGGUGGUGUUAAAUUCAUCAUCUGAAUCUGAUGAAGGCUCUCUGGAUAUAUCUCUAAAAGCACUUGACCAUGAAAACACUUCAGAACUCUACAAAGAGCUGUUAGAAAAUGAAAAGAAAAAUUUUCAGUUGGUUAGGUCUGCAGCCAGAGACCUUGGUGGAAUCCCUGCUAUGAUUCAUCACUCAGAUAUGUCAAAUACAAUUCCUGAUGAGAAGGUGGUUAUUACCUAUUUGUCAUUUCUUUGUGCAAGACUUUUAGAUCUUCGCAAAGAAACAAGAGCUGCUCGAGUUAUACAGGCAACCUGGAGAAAAUACAAACUAAAAAGAGAUCUAAAACUCUACCAGGAGAGAGACAAAGCUGCAAGAAUUAUUCAAUCUGCUGCAAUGAAUUUUCUAACUAAACAACGAUUGAAGAAGGAGCUUAGUGCAGCAUUGACCCUUCAGAAAUACUGGCGAAGGUUCUUAGCACAGAGAAAAUUGUCAGUGUUAAAAAAAGAAAAACUAGAAAAAGCUCAAAAUAAAUCUGCAUCCAUUAUUCAGAGUUAUUGGAGAAGAUACUCCACUAGAAAAAAAUUUCUGAAAUUGAGACACUAUUCAGUCAUCCUGCAAGCUAGGAUCAGAAUGAUAAUUGCAAUGAAUUCUCAUAAACGACAUCUGUGGGCUGCAGUUACAAUUCAGAGGCAUUGGCGUGCUUGUUUACAAAGAAAACAUGAUCAAGAGAGAUAUAAAAAGCUAAAGUCAUCAUCCCUUGUAAUCCAGUGUAUGUUCAGAAGAUGGAAGCGACGUAAAAUGCAGUUGCAAAGGAAAGCUACAGUAAUAUUGCAAAGAGCUUUUAGAGACUGGCAUGCUAGGAAACGAGCUAAAGAAGAAAAAUGUGCUGUUGUCAUACAGUCAUGGUAUAGAAUGCACAGAGAGCUACAGAAAUAUACUCACAUUAGAUCUUGUGCUAUUCUCAUUCAGGCAAGUUUUCGGCGUUAUCAAACCCAAAAGUUAUAUAAAAUGGAAAAGGCCUCUAUUCUGACUCUCCAGAGGCACUGCAAAGCAUAUUUAAAAGGAAAGCUUGCCCGUGAGAACUACUUGCAGAAACGGGCUGCAGCCAUUCAACUACAGGCUGCUUUCAGAGGAAUGAAAGCACGCACUUUGUGCAGACAGAUUAGAGCUGCCUGUGUUUUGCAGUCCUACUGGAGAAUGAGACAAGCAAGACUUCAUUUUCUGUACCUUAGGAAGAUUGUUAUUGGGCUGCAGGCACAUGUGAGAAGACAUCAGCAAUUGCAGAAGUAUAAGAAAAUGAAGAAGUCUGUCAUUAUCCUUCAGGUUCACUUCCGAGCUUGCCUUUCAGCCAGGAAAGUUCUAGCAUCGUACCAGAGAACACGUUGUGCUGUCAUUGUUCUACAGUCUGCAUAUAGAAGGUUGCAAGCUAGGCGAAAGUUUGUUCACAUCCUCACAUCAGUUGUAAAGAUUCAAUCCUAUUAUCGGGCUUAUAGUUCCAGAAAAAAAUUUCUACACCUGAAAAAUGCUACCAUAAAAUUACAAUCAAUUGUCAGGAUGCAACAGACUCUGAAACGAUAUUUGCAUGUAAGAGCGGCUACGAUGGUUAUCCAACAAUGGUAUCGGUCCAUCAGAAUGACUGAAUUAAAAAGAAAAGAAUACAUAGAGGCCCGGGAAUCCUGUAUCAAACUGCAGGCUCUUGUUAGAGGAUACCUUGUUCGAAAGCAGGUGCGACUGCAAAGAAAAGCUGCUAUUUCACUGCAGGCGUAUUUCAGAAUGAGGAAGCUACGCCAGCACUACCUGCAGAUUUACAGAGCAACCCUUGUCAUUCAGAGCUACUACCACGCAUACAGAGCUCAGGUCAAUCAGAGGAAGAAAUUCCUACAAGUGAAAAGAGCAACUACGUGCUUACAAGCAGCUUACAGAAGCUACAGAGUACGCCAGCUAAUCAAACAUCAGUCUAAAGCUGCUCUUAAAAUUCAGACUGCUUUCAGAGGCUACAGUAAAAGAGUUAAAUAUCAGGCUGUCCUCCAGUCGGCUAUCAAGAUUCAGCAGUGGUACAGGGCACACAAGACCGCUUAUGAGAUGAGAAGACAAUUUUUAAAAACAAGAAGAGCUGUGAUUUCUCUCCAGUCUGCUUUUCGUGGUUGGAAAGUUCGGGAGCAAAUCAGAAGGGAACAUAAAGCUGCAGUGAAAAUUCAAUCUGCUUUUAAAAUGGCCAAGGCCCGAAAACAGUACAGUUUGUUAAAAACAGCAGCAGUAGUCAUCCAGCGACAUCUGAGAGCAUGGACUACAGGAAAGAAGCAACGUAAAAAGUAUAUUGAACUCCGACAUGCAGUAGUGAGGAUCCAGUCCAUGUGGAGGGGGCAAAAAGUGAGAAGACAAAUUCAAAAACAACAGGAAUGUGCUGUCAUCAUACAGGCAAACUAUAGAAUGUAUGUGCAAAAGAAGAAAUGGACAGCCAUGAGAAAGGCUGCUCAUCUGAUUCAGAUGUAUUAUAGGGCUCACAGUAUCGCAAAGAAACAGCGUCAUUUCUACUUGAAAGCCAAGGCAGCUGUAAUAAUUUUACAGUCAGCUUACCGAGGUCUGAGAGUGAGAGAACAAAUAAAGACGUGGGACAAAGCAGCAGUCACUAUACAGUCUAAUUAUAGAACUUACAAAGCCAAAAAGAAAUAUGCAGCCUAUAGAGCUUCAGCUAUUAUAAUUCAGAGAUGGUAUCGAAAUACUCAAAUUGCAAACCAUCAGCGGAAGGAAUAUCUUUGUUUAAAGAAGACAGCAAUUAAGAUCCAAGCUGUUUAUAGAGGUGUUAGAGUAAGAAAACAUAUUCAGCAUAUGCACAAGGCAGCCACUGCUAUUAAAGCCAUGUUUAAAAUGCAUCAGUCAGAAAGAAAAUACCAUAAAAUGAGGACAGCAGCUAUUCUAAUACAAAGGAGAUACAGAGCCUACUAUCAAGGUAAAAUUCAGCGUGCAAAGUACUUGACAAUUUUGAAGGCUGUUAAUACUCUUCAGGCAUCUUUUAGAAGAUUUAGACAAACUUUAAGAAAGAAGCAGAAUGCAGCAACGCUAAUCCAGUCAUACUAUAGAAGAUACAGACAGCAAAAAUAUUUUAAUCAAUUAAAGAAAGUAACUAGAAUAGUACAGCAAAAGUACCGGGCAAUUAAAGAAAGAAAUGCACAGUUUCAAAGAUAUAACAAGUUGAGGCAUUCUGUAAUAUGCAUUCAGGCUAUUUUUAGAGGGAUGAGAACCAGAAGACACAUAAAAGUGAUGCAUUUAGCUGCAACUCUAAUCCAGAGGAGAUUUCGAGCUCUGAUGACAAGAAGAAGAUUCCUAUGCCUCAGGAAAAGUGCUGUUUGGGUUCAGAGAAAGUACCGGGCAAAUGUCUGUGCCAAGCGUCACUUCCAACAUUUCCUACAGUUGCGAAAGGCAACCAUCACAAUCCAGUCAUCAUACAGAGGAUGGAUGGUAAGGAAGAAGCUGCAGGAGAUGCACAGGUCUGCUACUCUCAUCCAGGCUGCUUUCAGAAUGCACACAGCACAUGUGAGGUACCAGGCCUUGCACUGGGCCUCCGUCCUGAUCCAGCAGAGAUACCAGGCUAACAGGGCUGCAGAACGGCAGAGACAGAUUUUCCUCCAACACAGACAUUCUGCUCUGAUCCUUCAGGCUGCCUUUAGGGGUCUGAGGGCCAGGAGGCAUUUGAGAAGGAUACAUUCCUCUGCAGCCCUCAUUCAGAGCAGGUACCGGUCUCUGGUGGUGAGGAGAAGAUUCAUUUCCCUCAAAAAAGCUGCUGUUUUUGUUCAGAGGAAGUAUCGAGCCACCAUUUGUGCCAAGCAUCACUUCCAACAAUUCCUACAGUUGCGAAAGGCGGCCAUCAUAAUCCAGUCAUCAUACAGAGGAUGGAUGGUAAGGAAGAAGCUGCAGGAGAUGCACAGGUCUGCUACUCUCAUCCAGGCUGCUUUCAGAAUGCACACAGCACGUGUGAGGUACCAGGCCUUGCGCUGGGCCUCCGUCCUGAUCCAGCAGAGAUACCAGGCUAACAGGGCUGCAGAACGGCAGAGACAGAUUUUCCUCCAACACAGACAUUCUGCUCUGAUCCUUCAGGCUGCCUUUAGGGGUCUGAGGGCCAGGAGGCAUUUGAGAAGGAUGCACUCCUCUGCAGCCCUCAUUCAGAGCAGGUACCGGUCUCUGGUGGUGAGGAGAAGAUUCAUUUCCCUCAAAAAAGCUGCUGUUUUUGUUCAGAGGAAGUAUCGGGCCACCAUUUACGUCAAGCAUCAUUUGAACCAAUUCUUGGAGUUACAAAAGGCAGCCAUUACAAUCCAGUCAUGUUACCGCAGACUGAAGGUAAAGAAGAAGCUCCAAGAGAUGCACAGGGCUGCAGUCCUCAUCCAGGCUACUUUCAGAAUGCACAGAACAUACGUGACAUUUCACACUUGGAAACACGCCUCCGCUGUAAUUCAGCAGCAUUACCGUGCCUACAGAGCUGCAAAAUUGCAAAGAGAAAAUUACAUCAGACAACGACAUUCUGCUCUGGUCAUUCAGGCCGCAUAUAAGGGAAUGAAAGUAAGACAGCUUCUGAGGGAAAAACACAGAGCUGCUAUUAUAAUACAAAGCACAUAUAGAAUGCAUCGGCAGUAUUAUUUCUACCAAAAGGUUCAAUGGGCCACAAAAGUAAUACAAGAAAAAUAUAGAGCAAAUAAAAACCAGAGAGCUCUUCAACUCGCACUCAAGAAAGCAAUGUAUAUGCAGGCAGAAUUUCAGGACAUGAUGUUAAGGCAACAGAUUCAGGAACAGCACCAGGCUGCCAUUAUUGUUCAGAAGCACUUUAAGGCCUUUAAAAUAAGGAAGCGCUAUCUCCACUUUAGAGCAAUAGUAAUUUUUGUUCAGAGAAGAUACAGAGCACUGGCUGCGACGCGUACCCAGGCAGCUGUUUGUAUACAGUCUUUUUACAGAGGAUUUAAGGUACGAAGGCAAGUCCAACUUAUGCACCUGGCUGCCACAGUAAUUCAGGCAUUUUACCGAAUGCACAGGGCUCAGGUUGAUUAUCAAGCAAAGAGAACUGCAGUUGUUAUUAUACAGAAUUUUUAUAGAUCAUACAUUACAGCAAAAAUGGAAAGAAACAGAUUUUUAGCAGUUCAGAAAUCUACACGGACUAUUCAGGCUGCUUUUAGAGGCAUGCGUGUUAGACAGAUUCUGAAAGGAACGUCUGAGGAAAAGAUGGCUGCCAUGACUGACCACUCUGCAGUCUGCUGGGACAGAACUGAAACUCAGGAUGGGGCUGCCAUCCUGAGCUCAGCACUUGACACGCAAAAAUGGUACAGUGCUUCUUCAGAGGAAGAGGACGAGCAUUCUAAAAGAAAAGCGACAGAAAUUAUUCAAAGAGCGUUUUGUGAAAUGGUUACAAGAAAACUGGAAGCACAGAUGCACGCUGCCCUACAGAUUCAAUCCUUCCUUCAAAUGGUUGUAUGUCGAAGAAGAUUCAUUCAGCAGAAAACAGCUGCUCUCACUUUACAGCAGUAUUUCAGGACGUGGAAAACUAGAAAACAGUUUUUACAGUACAGAAAUGCAGCAGUGGUUUUACAGAAUCAUUACAGAGCUCUUGUGUCUGCAAAACACCAAAGGGAAGCUUAUUUGCAAAUGAGGAGCAGUAUAAUCAUCAUUCAAGCUAGUACAAAAGGAUUCAUACAGAAACGGAAAUUUCAGAAAAUUAAAGACAGCACCAUAAAAAUCCAGGCUACGUGGAGGAGAUAUAAAGCCAGGAAAUAUUUAUGUGAAGUGAAAGCUGCCUGCAAGAUUCAAGCUUGGUAUCGGUGUUGGAAAGCACGUAAAGAAUAUCUAGCUGUCUUAAGAGCAAUUACAAUCAUCCAGGGUUACUUCUACACCAAACAGGAGAGAACACGAUUUUUGAAUGUGAGAGCAUCAGCAAUUAUCAUUCAGAGAAAAUGGAGAGCUACACUUUCUGCAAGAAUAGCCCGUGAGCAGUUCUUAAUGAUGAAACUUUUAGAACAGAGAGCCGAAGUUAGGCUUCUUCAUUUCACAGCAGCUGCAUUUUGUCACCUGUCUGCUUUAAAAAUUCAAAGAGCCUAUAGACUUCACCUGGCUAUCAAGAAUGCUAAAAAGGUCAAUUCAGUCAUCUGUAUUCAGAGAUGGUUUCGAGCAAGAUUACAGCAAAAGAGGUUUAUUCAGGAAUAUCAUAGCUUCCUGAAAUUACAGCAUGAAAUUCAAGAACCUCUGAGUAAGCAAAAUUGGGCUGCAUCAGUAAUACAAAAAGCAGUGCGCCGUUUUCUCCUUCAUAAAAAACAGGAAAGAUUGAACAAUGGAAUCAUUAAAAUUCAGGCAUUAUGGAGAGGAUAUUCUUGGAGGAAGGAGAAUGAUUGCACAAAGAUUAAAGCUAUACGACUAAGUCUUCAAGUUGUUAACAAUGAGGUUCGAGAAGAAAACAAACUCUACAAAAGAACUGCACAUGCACUUCACUAUCUUUUAACAUAUAAACACAUUUCUGCUGUACUUGAGGCACUGAAGCACCUAGAGGUGGUUACCAGAUUGUCUCCAAAUUGUUGUGAGAAAAUGGCCCAGAGUGGAGCAAUUUCUAAAAUAUUCGUUUUGAUCCGAAGUUGUAAUCGCAGUAUUCCAUGUAUGGAAGUCGUCAGAUAUGCCAUACAAGUCUUGCUUAACGUCGCUAAGUAUGAAAAAACUACUUCAGCAAUUUGUGAUGUAGAAAACUGUAUAGACACACUCUUGGAGCUUAUGCAGAUGUACCGAGAAAAGCCUGGUGACAGAGUUGCAGACAAGGGUGGAAGCAUUUUCACUAAGACAUGUUGCUUGUUGGCUAUUUUAUUGAAAACAACAAAUCAAGCCUCUGAUGUUCGAAGUAGAUCCAAAAUCGUUGACCGUAUUUAUAGUCUCUACAAACUUACAGUUCGUAAACAGAAAUUGAAUGCUGGAAGAAUGCUUAUGAAACAAAGAACUUCUUCUGUAAAUAUUCCCUUUGUUCCAGAAACACCUGUAAGAGCCAGAAUAGUUUCAAGGCUUAAACCAGAUUGGGUUUUGAGAAGAGAUAAUGUGGAAGAAAUCACAAAUCCUCUACAAGCUAUUCAAAUGGUGAUGGAUACACUUGGACUUCCUUAUUAAUAAAUGUAAACUUGUUUAGUAUGUAUAGUAAAAGGAAAUUUUAAAAUUGAUCAUGAGUAUUUUGUGUUUUGACUUUUUGUACUUCUAAAAUCUGUUAUAUUAAAGUAUAAAUAUAUAUAUAGCAAAUAACUAAAACAUUCUCAUGUCUUAUUUAUUAGUUCUUUUUACCUGUAGCAGAGUCAACUGUCAUAAAUGGUUAUAACACUUACUAAUUCCUAUUUUGUUAAAAUAACAUUUUAGUUUGAAUACAGUCAUAUUCCUAAAGGGGAACAAAUGAACUAAAUCUCAACUCUCAGUAUCCUUUAUUUUCUAUGAUUUUUCUACUCUACAGUUUAUUUCCUUCCUUUUACUACCUUUACGUGCUUCUAUUUCUAGUUCCUUAAGUUGUGGAAUUUGUUUGUUGGUUUGUUUCUUAAAGUAGGUAUAACUAUAUAUUUCCUUUAACACUGUUGGUAUUGCAUCCCAUGUUCUGAUUAUAUUAAACUUCAUUUUCAUUCA